AUGGCUGCUGCCCUGUCUUACUUUGAGUCCUUCGCUGGAGACGGAAGUAUGGAUGCAAGCAAAUCGAUGCGUAUAAAGAGCGCUCUUGAAAGUUUUGCUGAGUAUAUUGUCGAUAAUUUCCUUCUCCCACUUAGGGCUUCUUCAGUAAAAACACCACAAGCAACACCUACGGCAUUGUCCUUGAGUCAGACACCUACACAAGUGGGCACGAGACAGCGUGUCUCUGCCUUACGGAAAGCCUGUCUUGUACGUUAUCACCAUCGGUGCGUGAUUUCCCGCAAGUUUGAUAUCGUCGAAGCCAGGAAGCGCAGCGCAGAGGAUAGGGAUAACUGUAAAGACGACGAUGGAAAUCUACUGAGCAGUGAAGCACGGGGCGGAUUCCAGUAUCUGGAAGUUGCGCACAUCCUCCCACACAGCUUGACAACAGUGGCACAGGGAGAGUCAGAGCUGAGCGAGUCAAAAACGAAUGUGUUCCGUAUACUGGAUAUGUUUGAUCCUGGGCUCAGUCACCGUCUUGAUGGUGCGAAUAUCGAUAGGCCUGUUAAUGCUCUUACGCUGACGCUUGAAUAUCAUCGACUACUUGGUGAAUUUCAAAUCUAUUUCGAACCCACAGGGAGGCCACAUGAGUAUAAGAUCGACUCGCUUGAAGAUAGCCCCUUCCUGCGCGAUCCGCUAUUUCCCGUCACUCGUACUCUGAGCCUUAGCCCCAACCGAACAAUCGAUCCACCAGACCCCAGACUUCUCCGUGUCCACUGUGCCAUUGCACAUAUUAUGAAACUCAGCGGGGCAGCUGAACAUAUCGAGAAAGUCCUGCGUGACAUGGAAGAGGUGGACGUUAAAGCUGAUGGCUCAACAAAUUUAGGUUAUAUAAUGGGUUUACGACUCAACGGUUGGGUGAACACUUUGUCAGUGUUUUAA